CGCAGGCGCAGUUAGCAGUCGCUGCUGGGCGGCCGCGGGCGGGACCGGUCUGGGAGACGCGGGGACCGAGUGGCAGCGACUCGGACAUAUGAGCUGCCACUGCCGAAAACGGGCCCGCAACACAGAUAAUCAGUAUGCAUUUCCAAGGCUUUUGGCUAUGUUUGGGUAUUUUAUGCAUCUCAGUUAAUGCAGAAUUCAUGGAUGAUGAUGUUGAGAUGACAGACUUUGAUGAAAAUCCAGAAGAGACUGAUGUUAAUGAAAAUGAACUCUCCUCAGAGAUUAAAUAUAAGACACCUCAACCCACAGGAGGAGUAUAUUUUACAGAAACUUUUGAUAGUGGAAGGUUGGCUGGGUGGGUUUUAUCAAAAGCAAAGAAAGAUGAUACAGACACGGAGACUUCCAUAUAUAAUGGAAGAUGGGAAAUAGAAGAACUGAAAGAAAACCGAGUGCCUGGUGACAGAGGACUGGUGUUGAAAUCCAGAGCAAAGCAUCAUGCAAUAUCUGCUACAUUAGCAAAACCCUUCAUUUUUGCUGAUAAACCUUUGAUAGUUCAAUAUGAAGUAAAUUUUCAAGAUGGUAUUGAUUGUGGAGGUGCAUACAUUAAACUCCUAGCAGACACUGAUGAUUUGAAUCUGGAAAACUUUCAUGAUAAAACAUCCUAUACCAUUAUGUUUGGACCAGAUAAAUGUGGAGAAGAUUAUAAACUUCAUUUUAUCUUCAGACAUAAACACCCCAAAACUGGAGUUUUUGAAGAGAAACAUGCCAAACCUCCAGAAGUAGACCUGAAAAAGUUCUUUACAGACAGGAAGACUCAUCUAUAUACCCUUGUGAUGAAUCCAGAUAACACAUUUGAAGUGUUAAUUGAUCAAAUAGUUGUAAACAAAGGAAGCCUACUAGAGGAUGUGGUUCCUUCUAUCAAUCCUCCCAAAGAAAUUGAAGAUGCCAGUGAUAAAAAACCUGACGACUGGGAUGAAAGAGCAAAAAUUCCCGAUCCUUCUGCCAUCAAACCAGACGACUGGGAUGAAAGUGAACCUGCCCAGAUAGAAGAUUUAAGUGCUGUUAAACCUGAUGGCUGGCUUGACGAUGAACCGAAAUUUAUUCCAGAUCCCAGUGCUGAGAAGCCUGAUGACUGGAAUGAAGACAUGGAUGGAGAAUGGGAGGCACCUCUUAUUUCCAAUCCAGCCUGUCAGAUUGGGUGUGGUGAAUGGAAAUCUCCCAUGAUAGAUAACCCAAAAUAUAAGGGAGUAUGGAGACCUCCAAUGAUAGAUAAUCCUAAUUACCAGGGAAUUUGGAGUCCUCGAAAAAUUCCUAAUCCGGAUUAUUUUGAAGAUGAUCAUCCAUUCCUUCUGACUUCUUUCUCUGCUCUUGGUUUAGAGCUUUGGUCUAUGACCUCUGAUAUCUACUUUGAUAAUUUUAUUAUCUGUUCGGAAAAGGAAGUAGCAGAUCGCUGGGCUGCAGAUGGUUGGGGAAUGAAAAGAAUGAUAGCAAAUGCUAACGAGCCUGGUGUACUUACACAGCUAAUGGCAGCUGCUCAAGAGCAUCCCUGGCUUUGGCUCAUUUAUCUUGUGACAGCAGGGCUUCCAGUAGUAUUAAUUAUUUCAUUUUGUUGGCCAAGGAAAGUAAAGAAAAAAUAUGAAGAUGCAGAGUAUAAAAAACCUGACAUAUGUAAACCACAGACAAAGGGAGCGCUAGAGCAAAAAGUGAAGGAAGAGAAAGCAGCCCUGGAGAAACCAGUCGACUUGGAAGAGGAAAAAAAGCAAAGUGAUGGUGAAAUUCUUGAAAAGGAAGAAGAAGGUGAACCUGAGGAAAAGAGUGAAGGAGAAAUUGAAAUAAUAGAAGGACGAGAAGAAGGUAACAAGUCAAAUAAGUCUGGAUCCGAGGAUGAGAUGAAGGAAGCAGAUGAGAGUACAGGAUCUGGAGAUGGGCCAGUAAAGUCAGUACGCAAAAGAAGAGUACGGAAGGAGUAAACUCUGCUCAAGUAUUUUUAAUUCCUGAGAGAAACGUGGCGUUCUAAAAUCAGUGUGCCAGAACUGAACUUGAAUCAGUCUGCACAUCCUGUUUUUACUAUCUAGUAAUGUUACUCAUAAUUUCAGACAUCCAUUGUAGUGGAGUCAAUUUCAGGAAAAAAACCAAAAACUUUGAAGUUACCUGGUCUUUGAAUUCAGAAUAAAAGAAAAGUGGCAAGUUACAUAUCUGAUUUAAAGAGAUUAAUAUCAUUAUAAGUUACAGUUAUUAAUAGUUUGGAGAAAGUUUUGGUUUGUACAGAACAAAAUAAUAUGCAGCAGCUUUCAUGCUUUUAGAAAAAUCAGUUAUUGGAAUUUCCUCUUGAAUGGCUAUACUACAAUAUAACUGGUAGCUCUACAAUAAAACGAGAGUGUUCUGUUGUACAGAGCUAAAUGCAAUAAAGUUUCUGUAUGGUUGUUUAAUUCUA